AUGCCACAAAAAUUCACAUCGACAUGCACCGGGCCUACCCUGCUCGAGUACUUCAUAUCUCGCGGAGCAGACCUUCUCGCCGUGGACAACUACGGCCAGAAUGCCCUUCACAACAUGCUAGCACCUAUCGACCGCAUUUCCUAUGGCCCUGUCCCGAUCAUUGAUGCCUCCCGAAAAUACUUAGUCCAGAAUUGUCCUAGCUUGCUGGAUCAGCCCGACAAUGCCGGAAUCUUCCCGAUACACUACGCACUUCGGAGAAUGGAUGACUUUUCCCACCAAGUACCUAGGCCAAUGCUCUAUUAUGAAAGAGCCGUUUAUGAACUGUUAGCCGCCAACGCAGAUCCAUUCGUUCGCGAUAGCCGCGGCAAUACCGUUCUCCAUUACCUUGCUGCGGGCAGGCUCGGUGAAGGUGGACACCCAGGUGAUGAGCAAAGGCGUCUGCUUGCAGUGUUCCUCGAGCGCGGAGUUGACCCCAAAAUUCGCAAUGCAGCCGGCGUCACUGCAUUGGAAUUGGUCUUCAUGAAAAAGGCCUUGUAUGAAAUGGACUACGAUUACGACCAAUUCUAUGCUAUUGGCAAAGAAGUCGUCGAUGCAUUUGAGCAAAAGGGCUAUGUCUUGACAGACACCAACACCACUGGCGAGACACUCUUGCAUUUGGUGGCUGAAUCGGAUUCGAGUCGAUCAGUUCCAUGGUUUGAGCUUCUUAAAGAGAAGGGCCUUGAUCCUGAGGCAAAAGACAAUAAUGGAGUUACUCCGCUGGAAAGUGCGAAACGGAACCACUCACUGAGGCAAUACAAAUAA